CCAUGAGUGGCUCAACAGCCGGAGGCGGCCUUUAUUCACCUACUUUUUAUACCCAUUUCACGCUCUCUUCACUUGGUUUCCAUCGCCACGCACCGUUCGCUUUACUCAGGCCUUCCUCUCACUUACUACCAGCCUCCGCAGAGGUUGGAUAUCUUAACACUGUCCUUUCAUCCUCAACACCUCCUACAUACACACCCAACGGUCUCGAAUCUUACUACCUACAUCAUCAUGGUCUACAUCAAAUUAGAAAUCAAGGAGACAGAUACCUGUGGCCAGACCACGCUAAAAAGCCACCUAUCCGCUGAUAUCGAUAGCAAGGAUCAUUUCCGGAUACCCCUAUCACAGUCCCAGCUUUCGAAAAACGCACCAAAGACGCAUGCAAGGCAGCGCAAUCACCUCCGGUACAAUCAGCCCAGACACUAUCAUCCACAACACGGACAUCACCGAAGAGGGGCGUGGGGGUCAUCGAAAAAGCCAGGCCAAAGGUUUUGGACCUGCCCAAAAUGUCGCGAGACCAUGACGAUCAACCGGAAAUGCGGACAUGUGCAUUGCAAGCGUGAAUACAGCACCCCUAAAGGAAUUCAAAAGUGGCCAUGCGAUGUCUGCGGGAUCCAUAUGGCCAACUCUCUCCGAGAGUAUCACUUACAGGCAGUGGAACAUGCCAUUAAUGCUGCUAUAUGCAUACCCCCCCACCCGAAUGGCAAGCGCUAUAUUGAGAUUAAGGAGGUUCGCUGGGUUUAUCACCAUAUUAGGGCAAUUCCCGUCAGGUGCUAUAGACUAGCGGGGGCCUACAAGGGGCACUGGAAGGGUGGGAUAACCUUUGUUUCGGCCGAAGAUGUUGAGAACGCUAAGGCAUUGAUGCAUGGAAAUGGGGGCAUCGACACACCGUCGUCUGAUGGUUGCAGGGAUGAAUGUUUCUACAAGGACCUGUAUCUUUGAACGAGGGUUGACUUCACGCCUUCAGUCUAUUGCUAUUCUUGGAUUCAGCCGUAUCAGUGAGACAGUAUUAGAUUGUCAGUCAUUAUCAAUGGGAGUCAAUUGAGACUAAAAGUUGACCGAUUGAUACAUACUCCGUUUUCAUCCUUCUCGAGAAAGUAUAGACUAGUGGCACAGAGAAGUGCGCAAGAAACACCAGUUCAUGCAAUCAAAUCAGUAAAGGGAAUAC